GAAACACUAAAUUUACGUUGGCUGAAAUGGAUUAUUUGAUUUUAUUUAAUAUUUUGAUUUUGAUCAGCCGUGAUAAAUGUCAGAUACAAGUUGAUUAGUGUUAGGUGCAGUUAAUAAAGAAUACCGACUUUUUUAACUGUGAUACUAUUUAUAGUGCAUCAAGAAUAUAGAAGAACUGCUUCGAGAAUCAGCGUAGAUCAAAAAUAGCCUGUACUUCUUUGAUAAAAAGCGGGAAAGGAUGAAGAUACGCUGGUUGGAUUUUUUAAUCACCUAAAACUAGAAACAGUCCUCGUCAGCCAUGCUCAUCAAAGAAUACCGCAUUCCUCUACCCCUCACCGUAGAGGAGUACAGGAUAGCACAACUGUACAUGAUAGCCAAAAAAAGUCGCGAGGAGAGCAGCGGUGCUGGUAGCGGUGUUGAAAUUAUAAUAAACGAACCCUACACCCAUGGGCCUGGCGGACAAGGACAAUACACGAGGAAAAUCUACCACGUUGGAAGCCAUUUACCAGGUUGGAUAAAAGGUAUUCUUCCAAAAACGGCCCUUAUGGUAGAAGAAGAAGCCUGGAACGCUUAUCCUUAUACAAAAACUAGAUAUACAUGCCCGUUCGUAGAAAAAUUCUACUUAGAAAUAGAGACAUACUAUUAUCCUGAUAAUGGACAUCAAGAUAAUGUUUUCAAACUCACCGGCAGUGACUUGAGGAAUAGAAUUGUCGACGUCAUAGAUGUCGUCAAAGAUCAAUUAUUCGGUGCCGAUUACGUGAAAGAAGAAGACCCGACGAUAUACGUGUCAGAGAAAUCCGGUAGAGGGCCCUUAACCACGAAUUGGUUAGAAGAGUACUGGGACGCCGUCAAGGGUAAACAACAACCGUUACCUAAUGGAAAGGCUCUGAUGUGUGCUUACAAGCUGUGCAAAGUGGAGUUCAGAUAUUGGGGCAUGCAGACCAAAAUCGAAAGAUUCAUCCAUGAUACAGCUCUGAGAAGAACGAUGGUGCGUGCCCAUAGACAAGCGUGGGCGUGGCAAGACGAGUGGCACGGCCUCACCAUGGAAGACAUCAGGGAAAUUGAGAAGCAAACUCAGUUAGCGUUGAAGAGGAAGAUGGGUCAAUUCGAAGACGAACUAGACGAAGACGACGAUAUUGGCAACAGAUCGUACAAAGAAGGUACCGGUAAAACUUUGGCGGCGACUUUCGGCAGUAUAGAGGUCGCAGCUGAGGACAGUCCAUUGUUAACCAAAAAUCCCAACGUUCCUACCAUCCAAACUGCUGGCAGUUCGGAUGCCGAUCUAUCGCCUGAAGACGAACACAUCACUGUCAAAGAUGAAAAAUGGCAACAACACUCGCUGCACUCUCCGAGUUCUUCAUCCAUAAAAAGUUUCGAUAUCCAGGUGGCCAAUUGGCGGAUAAAAACGCUCGGGCGGGAUUCCGGUUCUUCGUCCGAGGAGGAAUUCUUCGAUUGCGAAGAAAUGGCGGACGCUUCGUUGGCCAAAUGGAGCUCUUUGGAAUUGCUUCAAGAAGAAGAUCUGGACGCCACGUCUCCUACUAGCUUGAUGGCGGAUAAUCAAUCCGAAGACAGCAUAUUUUCGCCGACUUACCUGAAACGCGUCGCCAGCGAAAGAACCAACAGACGACUAAUGGCCGCCAGAGGUAAAAUCAACUCCUUGGAAGCUCCCUGUCCGGAGUCGCCGACCGCGUCUUCCGGUAACAAUCCUUGCAGCACCACAGUACUAAUGCUGAUAUUAAACGCCGGCAGCGUUCUAGAUGCGAACGUCGAUUUGGCGGCCAAAAAAUCCGACAUAACGACGUUCAAAGGCGCAUUCGAAUCGGUCAUGCGUCAACAUUACCCUUCCCUGAUAGGUCACAUAGCGAUACGACUAGUGUCUUGCCCAUCCAUUUGCACUGAGGGUUUAGGAAUUUUAUCAAGCCUCAGCCCUUACAGUUUCGACGUAUCUCCAUCUUGCACGGACGUACCGCAAAUCACCCACGAUUCUAUUCCUAUCGGUGCUAUACCCAUUUUGGCCACGUCUACAGCCGAGUAUAUAGAGGCCGUUUCGAGGACAAUCAGUGCAGCGAACGCUGCUUAUCAAGAGUUUGUAAAGUCUGAUGAAGGUCAAGGUUUCGCGGGUCAAGUUUGCUUCGUCGCAGACUCGAUGGGUUCGAUAUUGGGCUACGAUUCUCUUUGUCGCACCUUCAAGUACGCUUCGAGGCACGGCAGCGAAAAUAGCAUUCUCGAUACGGAUUUCCAAAAAGGUAUAGAUGACGUGCACAUCAACGAAACCGGGCAUCUUACGGCCCCGUCGCCUAGAAGAAGAUCGUCGUCUACCAGUGAACAAUCUCAAAUGAAGUUAGACUUUGACGUUACCGAUUUUUUCAUGUUCGGCAGUCCCUUGGCCUUGGUCCUCGCUUAUAGAAAAAUUUCGUCACAAGACGACAAAUCUAACAAUAUAACCCGUCCAGUAUGUCUUCAAGUAUAUAAUUUGUUCCAUCCAACCGAUCCUGUAGCGGCCAGAUUAGAACCGUUACUAUCAGCCCGAUUUUCAAUGCUACCUCCCGUUAAUAUCUCCAGAUACGCCAAGUAUCCAUUGGGGAACGGACAACCUUACCAUUUGGUUGAAAUUCUCCAAUCUAACCCUCAAAUGUUUAGCGAUUCAAACCAACCUAGACGUUUAUCUGAGGUCUCGAUACAAAGCACUCUAUCGGGACUUAUUGAUAAUAUUCCUCUACAAGCGAUCAGUGCUUUACAACACAAAUGGUGGGGUAACAAGCGGAUGGACUACGCCCUCUACUGUCCGGAAGGUCUAUCGAACUUCCCCACUAACGCUCUGCCGCAUUUGUUUCACGCCAGUUACUGGGAAAGUUGCGAUGUCAUUGCUUUUAUAUUGAGACAGAUCGGCGGUAUCGAAGUCACCUCUUUGCCGGGCGAUAACGAUAGAGAGCAGACGUUCAGACCGGGUCAGCCUAGAGAAAAAUGGAUCAGGAAGAGGACGUCUGUCAAAUUGAAGAACGUCACCGCAAAUCAUCGAGCCAACGACGUGAUAGUCCGCGACAGCGCUCCCCAAACGGUAACGGCGAGAUUCAUGUACGGGCCUUUAGACAUGAUAACGUUGACGGGCGAAAAAGUCGACAUACACGUCAUGAAGGACGCUCCGUUAGGCGAGUGGCUCCAUCUGGCCACCGAAGUCACCGACAAGACUGGAAGAGUAACCUUUACUAUUCCGGAAGAGAAAUCUUUGGGUUACGGGUUGUAUCCUAUCAAGAUGGUCGUGAGAGGUGAUCAUACAGCUGUAGAUUUCUUUUUGGCCGUGGUUCCACCAAAAACGGAAUGCAUCGUUUUUAGCAUAGAUGGUUCGUUCACUGCCAGCGUCUCUGUUACCGGCAGAGACCCCAAGGUCCGCGCCGGAGCCGUAGAUGUCGUUCGGCAUUGGCAAGAGCUGGGUUACUUGAUCGUUUAUAUAACUGGAAGGCCGGAUAUGCAGCAUAGGAGAGUGGUAUCGUGGUUGUCUCAACAUAAUUUCCCGCAUGGGCUGAUUUCGUUCGCUGAUGGUCUAUCGACUGACCCUCUUGGACACAAGGCCGCUUAUCUCAAUAAUCUGAUAGAGUCUCACGGGGUCGUUAUUCAUUCGGCGUACGGCAGCGCCAAGGACAUUACCGUUUACACCUCACUCGGGCUGAAACCGAAACAGAUCUAUAUAAUAGGCAAGGCGACGAAGAAGCAGCAAUCGCAAGCGACGAUUUUAACCGAAGGAUAUGCCGCUCAUUUAUCGAUGCUGAUGUCGCACGGCGGUUCGAGACCGGCUCAAGGGAAUGCCAGGAUGGUCAUACCGAGGGGUCAUUUCGGUCUGCCGGGGCAAUCGUUUUCGAGACGAAGGAGCCGAUCGGCGAAAAGGGCGACAUCUUAUCCGAUAGCGAAUGAACUAUCUUCCCAGCCCAUCGAGAGAUCGAUGAGCACGAGACGUUACCAAUUGCCUAAAACCACGCUCUCUCUUUCACCAAAUAUGUGAAAACAUGCGACGUAAUUAUCUACCAACUAAAAUUUCCAAAAAUAACUGUCAAAUAGACGCGAUUCUAAGGGCAAGUUCGAGAUGACGCCCUGUGGAGUGGACGAGCAGAGUCCUGUCAAGUCAGAGAACGCGCUUUGUCAUUCAGAGUAAAAAUCAUAACCUCAAUCCAGUAUGUCAGUCAACGGUCAGUUAAUUAUUAUGCAUUACAAUAGAAUAACUUUCAGAAUUUACUUAUAAUAAUCUAUAUGAGUUGAAUAAUUUUAAAAUACAAAUAUUACCUAUCACAAACCCACAAAACAAUAAUGUGUCGUUCAUUGACAUAAUUGACAUUUCAUUGUUUAAAUUCCCGACAGAUCUCGAUCUUCUAACACAGAGUAAAAAAAGUGCACUCGGAGUCCAUACUCAGAGUCAUAUCGAACGCGAUAAAUCGCACACUGAAUCUCUAAAAAAACGUGAAAAUGAACUCAGAGCAACCUGAGUUUUUACUCGAACUCACGGUAAAUGACAACUGUCGGUUGUCGAAACAUUCUUUCUGUUUACAGGUUGUUUUUUAUUUUUUUAUAGCUUUUAUUUAUUUUCUUUUGUUUCCUUGUAUAUCUUUUUAUCCUUGUCCAAAAUGUCAUAUUAUCUGAUGCAUAUGUUUCUGUUUUUUAAUUUUUAAAAUCUGUCCAGGAGUCGCUUUUCGAUUUUUUAACCUAUAAAAUUGACCAAUUGAGCAUAGUAAAAUGGCGGGCCGGUCCCUCUUUGUACUAUCGUAUCCCCAGGUUGUCAUAUCACUGGUUUUAUGAUAGCUGAUUCUUAACUGUCAGUUGUCUGCAUACGAAAAUAGAAAAAUCUGGAUAGACGAAAGUUAUUUUUGGAAAAUAUUAGAAAAGUGUGACCUAUUUAAAGUAUUGUUAGACUCUGUGUAUGGGGAACGGUAUUGCAUAAAUAUUUUUAAAUUUUGUAUCAAUAAUUACCUACAAUAUAAAACAACUUUGAGGAUGAUGAUGAUAAUACACCUGAAACUUUGUAAAUUUUAAAAAUAUUUAUCUCGAUUUUGUCCCGAAAAAAAAAAGGCGCUACUUUUUUAAAAAUACACUGUUAGACAAAUUUAGCGUUUGUUAGAUCUUACCAUUGUUUAUAUUUUUCUACCUGUGUCAUGUCAUAAUAUUGAACAAACAAAAAAAAUCACUAUAUUAUCUUAAAUUAUAUCAGUAGUUAUAAACAAAUAAAUAUUUAUUAAAAGCAGAUCGACAUUGGGCCACAGACAGCGAUAAGACAUCACAAAGCCAACUUUACGUCACAUACAGUUAAUAUGAUAAUUUUCACGUUUGACAUAUUUAAUGUGACGUCUAUUGACAUUUGACAUACUUUUUUGACAUUCCGCACGUUUUGUGUGACAUUUUUGGCAUUUGACAAGCUUGAAUAUUCGUUUUUGACAUUCUUCACGUUUUGUGUGACAUAUUUGAUAUAUAUGUGACGUCUACUGACAUUUGACGAGCUUGAACACAAGUUUUUGACAUUCCGCACGAUUUGUAACAUUUUUGGAAUUUGACAUAUUUAAUGUGACAUCUAUUGACACAUUUUUGACACUCCGCACGUUUUGUGUGAUAUUUUUGGCAUUUGACAUGUUUAAUGUGACUUCUAUUGACAUUUGUCUCACGUUUUGUGUGACAUUUGACAUAUUUAACGUGACGUCUAUUAACAUUUGACAAGCCUGAACAAACAUUUUUGACAUUUCGCACAUUUUUUGUGACAUUUUUAAUGUGACGUCUAUUUGGUAUUUGAACACAUGUUUUUGACAUUCCCCGUUUUAGUAUUUGACAUAUUUAGUGUGACUUCUAUUGACAUUUGGCAUUCCACACAUUUUGUGUGACAUUUUUGGCGUUUAAAAUUUGUUUUUGAAUUUGACACAUAAGCAAGAUUUUUAGCAUUUCGACAAGUUCGUUCAUGCAUAUUUGACGUUUUUACUGAGUGUGGCCCAAUAUCAACUGAGGUUAAAGGGCGUAAUAAGAUCGUUAGAAUUUGUUUUGAUGUGUGAAAAAUUUUGCUAAAAAUCGUAGCGGAAUUUAAUCAAAAAGAAUGCUAGUAUAGGAAUAUUUUUUUAUUGAUAUACUUUGUAAGACUGUCUCUCUAUGCUGUCGAAAUAUUUUCUUUAAAGUCUAGACAUACAAAAACAAAACUGAAUCAUUUUAUUUUUUUCAAAAAGGAAUUUGUUAAUGAAGAAAAGCAAUAAGGUGUUAUUCGGUGCACGAAAAACAUUUUUCUUUGUCAAUAUUUUCGUUACAAAGAUAUUUAUGCGUGUUUCAUAUAAAUUGCAUUUUGAUCACAAAAAUCAAUUAAAAAUUAUUUUUUUAAUAUAAAAAAUCAACUGAUGUUAAAUCGGGCGGCCUUGCAGUCAUUUUAAAGCAUAUAAUUUGUUUUCGGGUUUUCUGCAACAAACAAAAUCAACUCUUGUUAAAUCAGGCUGACUAGCAGGCCUAAUAUUACAGAUUGUGCAUCUUUUAUGCAAAUAAUUAUUGAAACACGUCAUAAUUACAUUUUAGUUAGCUUUAAUUCUUAUUAUUUAUUUUUCUAAUACAGGGUGCUACGAAAUUAUUGCUUCCAUUACUUUUGUCCGCCCUGUAUAUGCGUAUUUAUUCUAGGAUGUCAAUGGUUAGAAAAGGUGAUAGAAUAUAUUUUCUACUUGUUAAAUAAAUCUGUUAAUCUAAACGACAUAUAAAUGGUAAAAAAUAUGAAGCUUGUUAGAAGGUAAGUAAAAAAAUCUUGAUUUGUAUAUAAUGAGUGUAUAAAAUCAUUGGUAACAAAAAAUUUGGCUGUCUUAAAACGUUAUUCUCUAUUUUUUUCUUCCAAGAAUUUCUUACCUGUCCUGUAUAUUGGCCAAAUGUCGGAAAUAUCGAAAAACUGAAUCGAAUUUUUAUUAAUAUACAGGGUAGGUUUCUAUGAAUUACAUUAAAUUUGGCCUGAGCCUGUUUCAGUAUUGUUAAAUUUAAAAUGUUUAUGUAACUGUUUUCGAUUCAAAAGAUUCUCUAUUAAGUG